AUGGCAUUGGCUACACAAGUCUCUGCAUUCCCUUCCAUUGGUGCCGAACAGGCUGCUAGACUUGCGGCGUCACAGAUCGGAAAAAGAAGUACACUCGCUCGCGAUGGUGUCAAGAAGCGUGUAGUCUUUGAUCCCGCAUCGCAGUAUGUCAGUACCACCGGCAACCACAAGUUCGUGCCGCCAAACUUCGCAGCUGGUGAUGUUAGAGGACCAUGUCCAGGAUUGAAUGCUGCAGCAAAUCACGGAUACAUCCCACAUAACGGCGUUGGAAGUAUGGGAGAUUUCAUCAACGGUGUCAAUGUUGCAUACGGAAUGUCCCUCGAUCUUGGUGGUUUCCUCGCUCUAUAUGGUGCAAUUUUUGACGGGAAUCUAUUGGGAUACUCGAUAGGAGGACCCACUUCAUUAAAUCAAUUACCGCUUGGUAAUCUCCUUGGCCUCACUGGCGCUCCGCAGGGGCUGUCAGGAUCUCACAAUAAAUAUGAGGCUGAUACCUCACCAACUCGGGGUGAUCUUUAUAAAGUUGGCAACAACUACAAGUUGCAGGUUCCCCAGUUCCAACAGUACUACGAUGCGUUAGUCGAGGACGUUCCAUCUAGCACACAAUACGAUAACCUCUUGGAUUUCCGUGUGUCUCGGUUCAAUGAUUCUUUGACGACUAAUGGAUAUUUCUUCUUCGGCCCAUUCGCUGGUAUCCUUGUUGCCCCAGCUGGUUUCUCUUUUCCAGUCCGCAUGAUGGCCAACCACUCUGAUGAGUUCCCAACCGGCAUGCUGAGCAAGGAAAAUCUCAAGUCCUUCUUUGCGAUUACUGGCGAAUCUGGAAAUUUCCAAUACAACGAAGGUCAUGAGCGCAUCCCAGAUAACUGGUACAAACUUCCAAUCGGUGAUGAGUACACAAUUCUUGGAUUUUUGGCGGACGUUUUAGAUUUCGGCGAAAAGUAUCUCCCUCUUCUCCAAACUGGUGGAAACACUGGAAAGCCAAACACGUUCACACCUGUUGAUCUGGGUUCCGUGACAAAAGGUGUCUUUAGUGCUGCGACGUUACUGGAGGGGAACAACCUGGAAUGCUACUUCUUCCAAAUUUCUCAGAACGCUCUUCCUGACAUUCUUGGUGGCAGCCAAUCUUCCAUUGGCAACAAGAAUUCCGUAUUAGGACCUUUGAGCACCACCAUUGUCACCAGACUUCAAGGUCUCGGCUGCCCAAAGCUAGAAGCGAUUGAUCAAACCCAAUACAACCAAUUCCCCGGUUACAACAUGUGUCCUAAUGGAUGCAAGGGCUAUUAA